GGGGGGCGGGCGGGNNCGGCGGCGGCGGCGGCGGCGGCGGCGGCGGGGUCGGCGAUGGCUUUCGAGGCGCUGGCGGAGGCGGCGGAGCGGUGGUGCGCCCGCACGCCCUUCCAGCUCAUCGCCGCCGAGGAGACGGAGCGGCGCAUGGACUUCUACGCCGAGCCUGGCGUCUCCUUCUACGUGCUCUGCCCGGAGGCCGCCUGCGGCGACAAUUUCCACGUGUGGAGCGAAAGUGAGGACUGCUUACCUUUUCUGCAGCUCGCACAGGACUACAUCUCCUCCUGUGGGAAAAAGACGCUCCAUGAAAUAUUGGAAAAAGUCUUCAAAUCCUUCAGGCCUUUACUUGGGCUUCCAGAUGUUGAUGAUGAUGCAUUUGAAGAAUAUAACGCAGAUGUGGAAGAAGAGGAGCCAGAAGCCGAUCACCAACAGAUGGGUGUCAGUCAGCAGUGAUUUUCUGAGACGCUAUAAAAAAAUUUGGAAGCCUUUGGUACCAGGUGGGGUCAGGUGGUCCCACGUUAGCCUGUUUGAAUUAGCACAUCACAAGGGGAUAUCUGGCUGCCAAGAUAAAAGUUUUACAAAACAUGGUUUAAAAAAAAAAAUAAUAAUCCGUGAUGAGCUUUGCUAAGAAGUGACCUGAAUUUUGCUCCUGCUUCAGUGGGUUUUCUAUGGAAUUGUCUUGGUAGCAUUCUGCCGUUAUCAGUCUAGAAGUAGUUUUGUCGCUGACUUGUCUCUUCGAUUUGUGUUCGAGAGUAGUGUUUGCUGACAUGAAUGUAGAGUACUGAGAAUGUAGGAGGCGUGUGGGGAGAGUGCCAAGUCCUCACCCGUGACCUUUCCAAGGAAACCAGCGCAGAGAGCAAACACCACCUGCGCUUUUCUUUUUAGUUCAACAGCUAUAGGUUUUUGACAAAGUACCAAACGUGGAGAGACUUCUCCUGAAAAACAGUAGUUUAGUAGUUGUUGGUGCUGCAGAAGUGCAUAUGAAGGUUUAACAAAAAUAGUGGGAAGUAGGAAAUCCAGGGGAUGUCAGAUAUACUGAUGUCAUUUCACUGACACCUGAGUUUCCAAGUGCUGAAUUAAUACCUGGGAAUAACUGACACCAGCAGCACACAUUAUGACCAGCCCUGGUACUUUGAUACCAUGUGAUCCAAAGGCAAGUGCUGCUUUCUUACAAAAUAAGUAAAAAAUCGCUGUCAACUAUCCCACUUCUGCAUGACAACUAACUUUAAGCUUUGCUGGUUUUGAUACACUGCCAAAUUAUUACUCAAACCUCAUGGCAUUGUUCAUUAGAAUCAUGGAAUCAUAGAAUAUGCUGAGCUAGAAGAGACCCAUCAGGAUCCUUGAGUCCAACUCUUGGCCCUGUACAGGGCACCGUGAGUGUGCCUGAGAAUGUCCAAAUGCUUCUUGAACUCUGCCAGGUUUGUGCUGUGACCACUUCUCUGGGGAGCCUGUUCAGGUGCCCAGCCACCUUCUGGGUGAGGAACCUUUCCUGACAACCAACCUAAACCUCCCCUGACAUCUUCAGGCCAUUCUCUUGGAUCCUGUCACUGGUCACAAGAGGGAAGAAAUGUGUAGCUGCCCCUCCUCUUCCCCUCCUGAGGAUGCUGAAGACCACAAUGAGGUUUCCCCUCAGUCUCCUCCAGGCUGAACAAACCAAGUGACCUCAGCCACUCCUCACCAGGCUUCCCUUUUAGACGCUUCACCAUCCUUGUUGCCCUCCUCUGGACACUCUCUAAUAGUUAAAUGUCUUCUUUACAUUGUGGCUCCCAAAACUGCCCCGAGCACUUGAGGUGAGGUUGCCCCAGUGCAGAGCAGAGCAGAGCAGAGCAGGACAGGACAAUCCCCUCCCUUGCCUGGCUGGCAAUACUGUCCCUGAUGCCCCCCAGGACACACUUGGCCCUCCUGGCUGCCAGGGCACUGCUGAUUCAUGUUCAACUUGCCAUCAGCCAGGAUCCCAGGUCUCUUUGUGCAGUGCUGCUCUCCAGCCUCUCAUUCCCUGGUCUUUACACACAACUAGGGCAGAGUCCAGCACUUGCCCCUGUUCAACUUCACACAGUUAGUGAUUGCCCAUCUCUCUAACUUGUCAGGGAUUUUCUGCAGGGCCUCUCUGCCCUCAAGAGAGUUGACAGCUCCUCCCAGUUUAGUGUAAUCAACAAACUUAGUAUUCCUUCAGGUCCUGUGUCCUGGUUGUCAAUGAGAUAUUGAAGAGCACAGGGCCAAGGAUGGAGCCCUGUGGAACCCCAGUGGUGACAGAUCACCAGUCUGAUGCCACCCUAUUCACUGUAACCCUUGGUGCCCAUCCUGUGAACCAGUUACUGACCCAUCCCAUGAUAUGUUUAUCCAGCUGUGUGCUGGACAUUUUGGUAAGAAGGAUACUUUUGAUAUAGUAUCAAAAGCUUUACUGAACUCCAAAUAUAUGGCAUCAACUUGCUUCCCUUGAUCAGCCAGGUGGAUUACCUUGUCACAAAAGGAAGUCAGGUUCGACAAGCAGGACUUUGCCUUCAUGAAGCCAUGCUGGCUAUGACCAGUGACUGCACUGUACUCCAGGUGUUUUUAUAUACCUUCCAGAAUAAUAUUUUCCAUGAUUUUACUGGGCACUGAAGUGAGGACUGACAGGCCUAUAGUUUCCGGGAUCUUCCUUGAGUGCAACUUGAAUGCAACUUAACACUGAAGCCAUAAGGGUAUCAACCAGCACCUGGCUCUUAAAAUUAUGCUGGACCUCUUCCUGGGCCUUUGAGCAAGUCUGGGCAUGUACACCUUAUUGGAGGGGAGCUAAAAUACUGCUUUAGCUGAUAUAAAAUCUAGUGAGGUUUUACUUAUCAGGGGACUUGUUUCCCAAGGGGUUUAGCAAGGGUCUUAGUAUGAAGAAGAAGAUGACCCCUCAUACUUUUUACCUGUUCUACGUAGUUCUAGGUAACUUGGAUGAGUGCCAGACUGUGAAGAUGCAGGGUCUCUUUAUUUACUUGCCUUUUGUACUGAAAAUAUAAGAAGCAAAGGUAAUUCUGUUGUAAUACAGCUGUUUUCCACAAUCAAGAACAAUGUUUCUAAAUUUACUCCUUUUUUUCCAACUUUUUAAAGAUUGUAAAACGAAGGUCACACGCUUCAAAAGCCCUUUUAUACAGAAUUAGCUUUAUAAAAAAAGAGUGAACGAAGAGAAAAUGCUUGGACAAUUCCUAUAAAUAACUCGCAUUAUUUUGAAAACCCUGUUGUUAAUGAUGUUUCCUUUUCAAUAGAUUUUUUAAAGACUCUUUUUCCAGGGUUACUGAAGAGAGCAAGUUUUCUUGAUGGUUUACAUUUAUGAUGGUGGUUUGACAGAUGCAUAGCACAUGAUUUUUUCUGUCGGUGGCAAAGAUCUUCCAUAACUGGGAUGAUGUGUGUUACCUGAGUCUGCACAGAAGUGUCUGCAACACUGUAAAAGUCAGAGUUUAAGAAUAUUUUUAAAAAGUGGAAGAAAAACAGAGCUUAAUGCAACUUUGUACAUUCUUUCAGCAUGCAGGCAUAGACAUGGUAGUUGCAGCACCUUUUCUAUGGACUAGUGAUGUGAGAACUGUGGCAGUUCACUGUAUAACACUGUAUAGCAGCAAUAGGCUUUUUGCUUACUGAAAUAAAGUCUAAGACCAGUGGUUUCCAUCCCUGCUUUAAGCCCCUAAAUUUUUUUUUCCUCUCCAGCUAGGACAGAUGCUACAACCUUAAGCAGAGCCUUCCUUUGGAAGAACUUCCCUCUUCAUAGCAUCCAACCCUUGGGUUGUGACUCACACAAGUAGAUCUUAUGGGGCUGACUUUCCUCUGCUCUGCUGUAGUGCAAGCAAGCAAUUUACAGUUGUGCAAGCUGGAGGCAAAGUCCUGUUGCUCAGGUUUGCUGGGCGCUUCACUCAUUUGUUGGAUGGGCAGGUGGCUGGCCCCAGUGUGCAGGUGCAGGCACCCCACACACACCUGCACAGUGAGCUGGGCUGCAAGCAUGGCCUGACUGGGACACAACCCUCUGCCUUUUACAGACAGGCAGGCUUCCAGCUGGAUCUGUCCCACACCUGGCUCAGCGUGUGGCUGCACCGAGAGUGCUGGCACAGCAGAGGGGAGGGUGCAGGGUGGACAUGGGUAGUAACUGAGGAGCUGCUGCUGAAUGCGCCUUGCACAGUGUCAGGGGCCUGUGGUGGAGAUGUGGGCUGGCCUAAAUCCUGUGAGGGAUUGACUCCACAAGGCUCAGUGGGAAUUGGGCACUGGUAGCAGCAGGAUAAGCAGGAAUUCAUAAAAUGAGGAAAGACUAAGAUCCAGUGCUUAUAAUUGCAUGCAGAAGGUUGUAAUGUGUACUGCAUUCUGCUACCUUUCCCUGCAUAUUGAUUGAAUAGUUAAUGAGCGGUUGAGCAUUAAUACAGUUGCAAGCAAACAAUGCUGUAAAUUAUGUAGAUAUGUUACUGUUAUUUUCUGUAUUCACUAACUCACUUUUUCUUUGGAAUGUCAUGUGCCAUUUGAGUGACUUCCACACAGACUGCAGGUGCUGGACAGCCAGCCCUUCUACAGCACUCUCCCCUGCAAAACUCCCACUAAAGGCAGAGAGAUUUUAUUCAGGCAGGACCUGCAGGACCAGGGUAUGUGUGAGGCUUGGUCCUGCAGACAGCUGAGUGUUCUCAUUCCCUCUCUCUUCGCUAGGAGCCGAACAUGUUGAGCCCUGCUCCUGAACUGAAGCAUGACCAAGCAGCACUGAGAAUAAACUGGAAUUUUAUACAUAAAAAAUUUAAUUUACAUGUAAUAAAUGUGAAUGAGCAUUAAUAUAGAAUGUAUUUUAUCAAAAAAUAUUGAUUCCUUACUUUGACCAAAUACA